AUGUAUGUUGUGAAAUUAUUUACGGGGCGAAUAUUCACAGCACAGCACAGGAGCUGUGCUUCAAAAUAUGGAAUUGGAUUCAAGGUACUCAGGCGCUUCCUCUUCAGAGGAAGAGGACAAGAAGAUGAAGGUGGGACUGACGUGAACAAUACCAUAAAAUCUGGAAUGGCUGAAGACAGAGGAUCGCCGCUUCUUUGCACAGGAAGAUGCAUGACAGGCGAAAUAGAGGCCCUAAAGCGUGAGAGGGACGCACAACAACGAGAAAUAGAUGAACUCCGAGACCAGUGUAGGGAUGCUUGGGCACUGAAAUCUCAUGCCGAUAAAGUCACAGAAGAGAGGGACGCCCUCAUAGUACAAGCAGAACUCAAUGCCAAGAUUUCACGGAAUUUGGAGAAGGAGAGGGACGCUCUGAGGCGUGAAACAGAGGAGCUCAGGGCCCAAUGUGAACACAUUGGUGAAAUGAAAGAGCAGUUGCACUUUUUAAAUCAAAUAUGCCGUAACAUCAAUGAAGAAAGAGACGCUUUGGUAUCGAAAGCCCAAAGUAUGGAAGCAAAUGGAAAUGUGUUAAAGAGGGAGAGAAACGCCCUAAAACUCGAAACAAGGAAGCUCCGAGCCCAGGGUGAGAAAGCUGCUCUUUUCGAAGAAGAAUUAAAGGAUGUAAAAGUGCAGCUUGCCUUCAUCGCGAAAGAGAGAGACUCUUUCCAGCAGAGAUACCGACGCUCAGAAAAGGACUCUAAAUCCACGAAGAAGAUAAUAGAGGGCGUGAAACUUCAAACAGAAGAGCUCCGUGAAAAGAACGAGAGCAGUGCUCUUUUGGAAGAGCAAUUAACCGCUGCAAGACGCCAGUGCGAUGCUGUAACCAAAGAGAGAAACGCUUUCAUCUUAAAGGCCCAGCAAGUAACGAAGACUAAUGGUACCCUACAGAUGAAAAUGAAUGCUCUCAAAGUCGAAGUCGAAGAUCUUCGAUCAAAAAUUAACGAAAGACAGUUACAGCAAGACGAACUGAGCGCUGUAAGACGGCUUUGCAACGACAUGGAAAGAGACAGAGACUUCUACAAAUUAGAAGCCAGACGGGCAGCAGCGACUAGGGUCGCCCAGACCAAAGUCAUAGACGCCCUGAAAUUGAAAAUAGAAGAUCUCCAAGUCCGGUGCAAAAAGAGUUCGCUACUGGAAAAGCAAUUAAGCGUCGCAGACCAGCAGUGGGACAAUAUGAGAAAAGAGAGAAACGCUUUCGUACUGAAGGCUCAAAAAGCAGAACGCAGUGUUGCGAACCUACAGAUGGAGAGGGAUGCUCUCAAACUUGAAGUAAAAAAUCUUAGAUCGAAGAUUAACAAUGGAGAUAUACACAUACAUGAAUUAAACGCCACAAGACACCAGUGCCAAAACAUGAAAGAAGAGUGA